AUGUAUGGAAGAUUAGUUGAUGUUCUUUCGGGAAAUAGAAGGGCUAAUGAUGGCGAAUGUGCUAUACUUGUUAAUUGUGCCGGAGAAUGUGUAAAAGAAUCUAAUCAAGAUUUAACUAAAAUUAGUUAUUGUUUGAGGCAUAAAUGUGCUUUUCAUUGUUUUGAUGGUUCUUGUCCAAAAUGUUCAGCAUUUGUUACUAGAAUAUUUAACCAAAUUUGUGUUGUUGGUGAUUUUCGUAAAAGAAUACAGGAAUGGAAAGGUCAUUGUUAUGAAAUGUUUCGUGCAAUUGUUAUGGCUAAAUUUGAAGAGGAAUUUGUUAAAUCGGGAGCGACUCCUUCAAUUGGUAAUAGGAGUGGGGCUGUUGGUUUAAUUGGUGGAAUUGUUCAACGGCGAGCACGUUUAGUUUGA